AUGGGGGGCAAUCUCUCUUAUGUGAAAACAGGAAUGACGAUCUCUCCUGAGCUGUUCGAGAAGCUCUACCUUACCCCAAAGACCCCUGCAGUUGGAGAUUUCCGAAAGCGUUUCGCGAAUCCUACACCUUUGGGGUUGAUGGGAUUCAUCAUUUCUGCUACGACGUUUGCAGCUAUCAUGAUGGGCUGGGGUGGAUCUACAACACUUGUUGGAGUUGCCGGCAUCUUCUUCUUCACCGGUCCCGUCCUCCUGCUUCUCGCCUUGAUUUUUGAAUGGAUAAUGGGUAACUUCCUAUCCAUGAUGAUAAUGGGUAUGUUUGGCGUCUUCUGGUUGUCCUUCGGCGUCCUCGAAACACCCUCUUGGGCCAUCGCAGCUUCCUACUCCCCCACAGGCGAUGCAGCCGAAGGCGCCGCCUCAAAAGGCUACAACGCCGCCGUCGCACUCUAUCUUCUUGUUUGGGGAUUCUGGUUAUUCACUACGUGGAUUUUCACGCUCAAGACAAACACGGUUUUUGCCGCGAUUUUCUUCUUUGCGUUUAUUAGCAGCUUUCUCUUUUCGGGCGCGUAUUGGAAGGUCAGCACGGGGGACUAUGGUAUGGCAAUGAAGUUGCAGAAGGCUGGCGGGGCAACAUUCUUCAUUCUCGCCCUUCUUGGAUAUUAUAUUACCGUUGUCAUGAUGGCGGCAGAGAUGCGAAUGACGAUCAGCCUUCCUGUUGGAGAUCUGUCGCAUUUCUGGCCCACGCACCCAGGCGACCUUGCCGAUAUGGAGCAGGGCGAGGUCAAGGCGGAGUGA